UAUUUGUUUCACAGUCGGUUCCUCGUUGGUUCGCUCCCAGAGAUCUUUAUCGCUCAUCUUUUCUAGCCAUCUGAUUUUGAGUAUUGAGCGAAGACAACUGUCAAUGGAGGUCUGUAGUUUGUUUGAGAUGCUCUUUAUGACACGACAAGUCUCUGAUCCGUAUAGUAGCACUAACUUCACAUUGAAGUCGAAAAUCCGGAUCUUAUUUUUGAUGCUGACUGCUGUUGACCUCCACACAGACUUGUUUUCCGAGUGGAACAAAGGGCUUCAGAAGCACACCAUUUUGUCCUGUUCUCUGCAGUCCCCUUUAGCUGAUUCCACGACUGCCUCCAAAUUUUCGUUUCCUUCUAACACGAUCUCCUCCAUGCCACCCUCAGACCAACGACCAACUCGUUGUUUGCCAUUCAGGUUCAAAUAUAGCAAUGGCCUGGCGCGUAAUGUAAUUCGACGGUUUCCCCAGCGUAUAUCCAAUCCAACUCCAUAUUCUCCUACAUAUUUGUUGAACGAUAGGUUCUUGGUUAGUUUGUUCCCACAGUUCCUUAUUGCUGAUUCUUACUGGCCAUUUGAGCGAAGGCAGCUGUUGAUAAAAAUUUUCCAUAGCCUGUUAGGAACCUUUUUCCUGAUGCGUCGAUCAGGUUUCUGACUCAUAUAGAAGUGACUGACUUAAGACUGAUGUUUAAAAUCCGAAUAUUUUUAUGCUGUGUGUAGAAGACUUCCAAACUGAUUUCAGAUUGAUAAAGGUGUAUUUUGCCUUUUCGGUUCUGGCUGGCUUCAACAUUUUCAUCCAUUCCGCCUGUGGUUGAAACCGUGCUUCCUAACCGGAUAAGUGAAGGAAAGAAGUAACCUCUGUCAAAUCUCUCCCGUUGAUGGUGCUGUUUGAUGUAGCUGUUGGUUGUUUGGUCAUCUUCAUCACCUCCACUUUCUCUAUGCUCACCUGGAGUCUUGUCUUCGUCGCUAGCUUCUUCAGCCAGAUUUUUUGGUGGCACCUGCAAGUCUUCGAGUUUGUGUGACGUUAGACAUAUAUCAUCUAUGUAAUCCAGAUCUUCUGGAAUCUUCUUAUCCAUUCAACAUGUUCCUGUUUUCUCUCUCUCCAAGCACAGUGUGCCACAUAAUCCAAUCCACCGAAAUCAGAAAUAUCAUCGGUGAUAGCAGUCA